AUGCGUCGUUCAACAAUUGAUUCAUUAGUACAAGAAAAUCCAACUAAUUAUACAUAUUCAAAUUCUCAAAUACAAACAAAUGUCUUAAGAUGUGCACAUUGUUUUGCACCUAAAUCAAAUGAUUUAUAUACACGAUUUUGUACGGAAUGUGGUCUACCUUGGCAAAAACUAACUCAUAAUCCACCGGAUAAUUAUUCAACAAGAAUUCUAUGUCCUCAUUGUAAAUCAACAAAUUCAAUACAUUUACCAACAUGUUAUAUUUGUGAAAAUGUAUUAAUGCCAACAUCGACAUCACCAGUAAACAAAAAAAAAAUCUUAUUUAUUUUUUUUCCGUAUUUAUAUUUCAAUAGGAAAAAACGAACUUCAAUUUCAAUUCCAACAAUAUCAAAACAAACAAAUACAAUGAUGAUAACAUGUUCAAAAUGUUUUCGUUUAAAUAAUCUUAAUGCUCGUUUUUGUGAUUGGUGUGAUGCAUAUCCUGAACAUACAUCUACAUCAAUACAACGUACAAAAUGUCAUACUAAUAAUGAUUCAUUUGGAAAAUUUUGUUCAACAUAUGGAUGUGUUCUUGAACCACCAUUACGUAUUAUUGAUACACGUCUUUAA